UUUCGACUUCCGCCUGCCAUAUUUGUUGUCUUUACGUGAUGUUUCUCUGAGAGAGCGGUGGAGUCGUGAGCUGUUAGACAACGACUGGUUUAAAUUUUGUCAGUCAGUGCUAUCAUUAGGCCUUCAUUUGGGAAUGCCACCCGAAAAUCUUCACUUCAAUUAUCCUCACUCCAAUAUUAUCGAACAAGCAAGAUUCGUUCUCGAAGGAGUCGUUGCUCCUAAGCCUCAUCCAGUCAUAUUAGCAAGUAGUCAUCGCUUCGAGAUCAACGAAAACCUAGCUCGGGUCAACGUCGACGAUCGAGAAUUAAUUUCGGAAUGGGAUACUUGCGAAGAUCUCGACAUGUGA